GAGAGAGGAAUCGAUUCCUGAGGAGGAGGGAUUUGAUGCUAUCAUUUCGUGAGAUGCCAAUAAGAUUGCUUGGUCAAGAUAACUUGUUUGAAUAUCAGAACAUCUCUAGUUAUGGCUAUGCAGCUAUAACCACAUCGAGUCCUUUGUCGAUAAGACAAAUUCUGAGCUCUCCUAAUGACUCCUUUGAACUAGGUUUCUUCAGUCCUAACAGCUCUCAAAAUCACCAGUACAUUGGAAUCUGGUUCAAGAGAAUCACUCCUCGAGUGUAUGUUUGGGUAGCUAAUAGAGAAAAACCGGUAACGAGCCUCACGGCGAAUCUCACCAUCAGCAGCAAUGGGAGCCUUAUCUUGCUUGAUGAGAAACAAGACAUUGUGUGGUCAUCUGGAAGAGAGGUUCUUACAGCUAACGAAUGUCGUGCUGAGCUUUUAAACUCCGGAAAUCUUGUCCUCAUAGAUAAUGUUACUGGGAAGUAUCUAUGGGAAAGUUUCGAGCAUCCUGGUGAUACUAUGCUUCCUCUCUCAUCGCUAUCAGAGCUUACGCCACAAGUUCCCCCUCAAGGACUUGUAUGGAAAGGGUCAUCACCUUAUUGGAGAAGCGGCCAUGGGUGGACACAAGGAGUUUUGACUUUUUGUGCAUUAAGAAAUUUUGAUGUGUCUUAUAUCAAGCUAACGUCUGAUGGAUCAUUGGAUAUUCACUGUAGUAAUGGUGGCACCACCGGGUCCAUUAGUACUCCAACCUGCAAAUGCUUGAGAGGGUUUGUGCCAAAGUCAGAUGAUGAGUGGAAUAAUGGAAACUGGACUCGUGGAGCAAUGCCAACAGAUGUCUCCGCAACUGUUCUUGCUUGGCCUUUGCCUAUAUUAAUAAAAUUGGAUGCUUGGUGUGGAACCAGGAGCUAUUGGACAUGGUUCAGUUUACUGAAGAAGGAGAGUUUCUUUCCAUCCGUCUUGCAUGUUCUGAGUUAGGUAGGGCUUAAAGACUUCACUUUUUACAUUUUUGUUUACGGUUUGUUCAGUAACAAUAUGACUUACAGUUAAGUUUCUUGGUGGUUCUCCUAGCUAGAGGCAAGCGAAUCAAGAUCAUCGCUGUUA